AUGGAAGAUCCUGAAAUUGUCAUAAGAACCCAUAGUCAGACUGUUUUUUCACUUCAGGAUAAAAUUAAGCAAGCGAUUUCUUCUUUUCCUUAUUGGGAAAUAGAAAAAGAAAGCAAAGCAAUUGAAGAGCACGAUUCUCGGGCUAGCUCAGAAUUAUUUUUGACUAACAUUAAUGAAAAAAUUGUGAAUCAGCCUAAUUUGGCACCUAUUGUUGAUGAAAAAGAAGCAAACGAAACAAUUGAAACAACAGAACCAAACGAGCCUGAAGUUAAGCCAGAGUACGAACACUUCAAAUCUCCAUUGAAGAUGUCUAUUGCAAACUCAGAAAAUGAUACUAAAAAUGACACAAAUCAAGGAAAAGGAUGCUGCUGUGUUUUAUUCUAA